AUGCCGCCGAAGCGAGCCUGCGACGUAUGCUACCGCAGAAAGAUCCAGUGCUCCAUUCCCGCAGAGGGUCCUCCGUGCGACUGGUGUAGUCACCACGGAUCCGCGUGUUCCUUCAACCGAGACGCGCCGCGGAGGACAAAACGCACAAAGGUGACUUUGGGCGACGUAGAGUGCCUGAACGACCGUAUCCAGCAACUAGAGGAGGCGUUGGCCCAGGCGAACGCCCGGUCUGCGGUUCAUGAAGGGAGCUCCGGCCAGCCAACCCCGACAGUCUCGAUUUCCGAACCAAGCACCGCACUCAUCCGAAGUCCCACAACCGCCGGCUCGGCUUCUCACGCUCAUUCGGAUACCGGGCAUCGUCACUCUCCUCUCAUCAUCUCACAAACCCCCGGACAUGCCGCCGGUGACAUACAGGGUUCCACUUCCAGAGCUCUUCAACCCGGCAGCCAUAUCGGGCCAAACUGGUUCUUCAGAGGUAUUCACGCCUUCUCCGAAGAGGGUCGUCAAUGGAUCUCGUCCAAGACCGGCCAACCUCUUGACUGGACCAAGCUGCGAAUAUUCACCGCCACACCUUCACCGCUGGUAACAGGAUGUGCACAAUCGUCGGCAGAGCUCUGCGAGUUGCCAGGCAAAGAUGUCUGUCGAGAGCUUGUGGCACUUUUACUCCAGUCAACCUUUCAACUCAACUUCCCUGUGAUUGACCCGGUCCUCAUCGAAGAGACCAUCGACCUGGCUUAUGAGGAUACCGACAAUGGGCUCCCUGCGCCCGUUCAUCUAACAGCCCAAGCAUGUAUGUUCGCCGCUCUCAGCAUCAUAGCCUUUUUGCCAAGACAUCCUUUUCCCGUCAAUGGUGAUGCAUACGCACGAAAGUCGCGAUUUCUUCUAAAUCGUAUCCCUCAUGAUGUUAGCUGCACGACCUUGCAAACAGUGGUCAUCCUGCAUGUCCAGUGUUUACUGGGCGGUCGCUGGCAAGAAGCUGAGUCGUUUCUCUCGAUUGCCUGCCGAAUGGCGUACACACUAAGAGGGCACGUCUUCGAAGGACAACAAGCUCCGACUACGAGUGACCCAUCGCCCAACAAGGAAACGCGGCAUGUUCGGAAUCUUUUCUGGCUCUGCUAUGUAUCAGACAAAGACCUGUCCCUUCGUACCGGGCAGCCUCCUUUACUUGCCGACAUCUACUGCGACUUGACUUUGCCCGAAAACUACCUGAGCUCUUACACGUAUUUACGCGGCCUCGAAGAACCCCCCCGUCUUGGCGAUACACACCUAGCCAGUCUCACGCCGCACCUCUGGGGCGACGCCCAGCUCGGCUGCCUUAAGGAAAAGAUAUACCGCCUCCUCUACUCCGUCCACGCGACGAGCGACAAGGACAACCGGCUCCUGGUGCACAUCCGCCAGCUGGAUGAUGAGAUCGAGCGCUGGCGGCUCUCAGUUCCCCUUGAUUUCCGUCCGGCCCUCUCCGUUUCCCCAGAGACGCUCAUCGUCACGCGCGAGACCAAACCACCCCAGCAGAAGCGGUACUUCCAUCUCCUGCUCGACUACUGGUACCUGAUGAUCUUCGUCCACACGACGGUCAGGAGAUACGACGCUCAUACGGUGAUUGGCGACGGGAGCCAUGACCUGCAUAGCGUCAUCCACUCGAGCUACGACCUGUCUCUGGAGGCUGGCAGAUCGACGCUUCGGUGCUUGAGGGUGUUUACGAAGACACUGUCGGACGAGUAUCUGUGGUUUCUUAUUUUCUACGCCACCAAUGCCGCCAUCUCUCUCUUCCUCAACAUAGUCAUCCACCCGGAGGAGGUAGACGGACAGCUGGAUUUGGAGCUCCUCAUCUCGGCGGCCAACACCCUCCGCAUGAUGAAGCCGCGGGGCGCAGUGCCGGAUGAAGGCGGCCGGAUACAGCAGCACUCCGACUUCAUCAUGUGGCUCGUAUGGCUUGGGUCUUGCGCCAUAACGAAGGAAAGAGAAGAGAGUGGACAUCAUGGUUAA